AUGGCAGAGAAGUCCCAAAAACUGGUAAGUUAUGAUCAAGCUGAAGAAUGCUUUGAAAUGUUGAAGUGAUAAUCCUGCGUACAUGUUAUCAUGCAAGACGACUCUGUGUUUGUCAGACCCAGUUGAAGGUCGACGUGGCCACUCUAAAGGAGAACAUUGGUAAGCUAAAGUCUCAGAUCGUUGAGUCUCCUGAAGAGAUGAAGAUUCAGAUGGAGAAGAUGAAGGAGAACGUGAAGAACAUCAAGCUGGCCAUCGAGACGGCAGACGAGCGCCUGGUGGGGCUGCAGGGUAAUGUCCAGGGUGUGACUCACAGCGAGGCAGAGAUACAGUUGAUGUUUAAAUUACUGCAGGACCUCCAGAGCUCCAUGAACAAGACCCAACAACACCAGGAAGAGGUUAGUACUGCUGCUGUUAGACCCAACAACACCAGGAAGAGGUUAGUGCUGUUGUUGUUGUUAGACCCAACAGCACCAGGAAGAGGUUAGUGCUGUUGUUGUUGUUAGACCCAACAGCACCAGGAAGAGGUUAGGUGCUGUGUUGUUAGACCCAACAGCACCAGGAAGAGGUUAGUGCUGUUGUUGUUAGACCCAACAGCACCAGGAAGAGGUUAGUGCUGUUGUUGUUGUUAGACCCAACAGCACCAGGAAGAGGUUAGUGCUGUUGUUGUUAGACCCAACAGCACCAGGAAGAGGUUAGUGCUGUUGUGUUAGACCCAACAGCACCAGGAAGAGGUUAGUGCUGUUGUUGUUAGACCCAACAGCACCAGGAAGAGGUUAGUGCUGUUGUUGUUAGACCCAACAGCACCAGGAAGAGGUUAGUGCUGUUGUUGUUAGACCCAACAGCACCAGGAAGAGGUUAGUAUUGUUGUUGUUGUUAGACCCAACAGCACCAGGAAGAGGUUAGUGCUGUUGUUGUUGUUAGACCCAACAGCACCAGGAAGAGGUUAGUGCUGUUGUUGUUGUUAGACCCAACAGCACCAGGAAGAGGUUAGUAGUGCUGUUGUUGUUGUUAGACCCAACAGCACCAGGAAGAGGUUAGUGCUGUUGUUGUUGUUAGACCCAACAGCACCAGGAAGAGGUUAGUGCUGUUGUUGUUGUUAGACCCAACAGCACCAGGAAGAGGUUAGUAGUGCUGUUGUUGUUGUUAGACCCAACAGCACCAGGAAGAGGUUAGUAGUGCUGUUGUUGUUGUUAGACCCAACAGCACCAGGAAGAGGUUAGUAGUGCUGUUGUUGUUGUUAGACCCAACAGCACCAGGAAGAGGUUAGUGCUGUUGUUGUUGUUAGACCCAACAGCACCAGGAAGAGGUUAGUAGUGCUGUUGUUGUUGUUAGACCCAACAGCACCAGGAAGAGGUUAGUAGUGCUGUUGUUGUUGUUAGACCCAACAGCACCAGGAAGAGGUUAGUAGUGCUGUUGUUGUGUUAGACCCAACAGCACCAGGAAGAGGUUAGUAGUGCUGUUGUUGUUGUUAGACCCAACAGCACCAGGAAGAGGUUAGUGCUGUUGUUGUUGUUAGGACCCAACAGCACCAGGAAGAGGUUAGUGCUGUGUUGUUGUAGACCAACAGCACCAGGAAGAGGUUAGUGCUGUUGUUGUUAGACCCAACAGCACCAGGAAGAGGUUAGUAUUGUUGUUGUUGUUAGACCCAAACAGCACCAGGAAGAGGUAGUGCUGUUGUGUUUAGACCCAACAGCACCAGGAAGAGGUUAGUAUUGCUGUUGUUAGACCCAACAGCACCAGGAAGAGGUUAGUGCUGUUGUUGUUGUUAGACCCAACAGCACCAGGAAGAGGUUAGUGCUGUUGUUAGACCCAACAGCACCAGGAAGAGGUUAGUAUUGCUGUUGUUAGACCCAACAGCACCAGGAAGAGGUUAGUGCUGUUGUUGUUGUUGUUAGACCCAACAGCACCAGGAAGAGGUUUGUGCUGCUGUUGUUAGACCCAACAGCACCAGGAAGAGGUUAGUGCUGUUGUGUUGUUGUUGUUAAACCCAACAGCACCAAGAAGAGGCUUUAGGACAGUUGUGUCCUGUCCUGCUGUGUACUGUCCUGCUGUGUACUGUCCUGCUGUGUACUGUCCUGCUGUGUACUGUCCUACUGUGUACUGUCCUACUGUGUCCUGUCCUACUGUGUCCUGUCUGCUGUGUCCUGUCCUGCUGUGUACUGUCCUACUGGUACUGUCUGCUGUGUACUGUCCUGCUGUGUCGUCCUGCUGUGUCUGUCUACUGUGUAAUGUCCUGCUGUGCUGUCCUACUUUGUAUGUCUGCUGUGUCCUGUCCUGCUGUGUCCUGUCCUGUGUGUAUGUCCUGCUGUGUACUGUCUGCUGUGUACUGUCCUGCUGUGUCUGUCUGCUGUGUCUGUCCUGUGUUACGUCCUGUGGUGCUGUGUCUGUCCUGCUGUGUCUGUCCUGGUGUCUGUGUCUGUCCGGCCGCUGGGGUCCUGUCCUGCUGUGUGCUGCUGCUGUGCUGUCUGCUGUGUACUGCGCUGUGUCUGCGUUAUGUCUGCUGUCGUCGCGGUCCCACUGUGUACGUCCCUGUGGUCCGUCUGCUGGUCUGUCUGCUGUGUAGUCUGCUGGUCCUGUCUUCUGUCUAUGUUGGCUGUUUUCCUGUCCUGCUGGUGUCUUCUGCUGUUGCAUGUUGCUGUGUCCUGUCUGCUGGUCCUGUCCUGGUGUGCUGUCUCUUGUCCCGUGGUACUGGAACGGUAGUGUGGUUAGUAUGGUACGGUAGUGUGGUUAGUAUGGUACGGUAGUGUGGUUAGUAUGGUACGGUAGUGUGAUUAGUAUGGUACGGUAGUGUGGUUAGUAUGGUACGGUAGGUUUGGUAGUAUGUAACUGUAGUUGGUGGGUUAGAUGGUACGGUAGUGUAUUAGGUAAUGGGUAACUGUAGUGUGGUUAGUAGGGUACGGUAUGGUGGUUAGUAUGGAACGGUAGUGUGGUUAGUAUGUAACGUAGAUGUGGUUAGUAUGGUACCGGUAGUGUGGUUAGUAUGGUAUCUUAGUAUGGUUAGUAGGUAUCGGUAGUAUGGUUAUGUAUGGUACGGUCGUGUGGUUAGUCUGUCCGGGAGUUGUGAUGAGUAUGGUAGGUAGUGAUGGUUAGUAUGGUACGGUAUGUGGUUAGUCUGUACGGUAGUGUGAUUCGUAUGGUAUCUGUAGUGUGUGUUAGUAUGGUACGGUAAUGUGGUUAUUAUGGUAUAAAUGGUACGGUAUGUGAUAGUAUGGGAACGGUAGUGUGGUUAGUAUUGUACGGUAAGUGUGGUUAUAUGGUACGGUAGUGUGGUUAGUAUGGUACGGUAAUUGCUGGUUCGUAUGGGACUUAGAGUUGUUAGUAUGGUACGGUAACAGUAGUCUGUUCUCUUGUUGUUUCAGAGAGAAGACAUGGACAAGCUUCAGGCCUACUCACGAGGACCUAAAGACGCACAGAAGAAAAUGGACAAGCUGACGUAAGAAUGAGAGGAUGAGAUGUAGCCCUGGAAGCUGAACAGAUCUGUACAGCAUUAGACUUUUGAGUGUAGCCUGGAGCUGAACUAUCGUAUAACAUGAGUUCCUGACCUUUGACUCCUCCUCCUCCUCCUCUCCAAUACCAUCCCUCCAGAGCACAGGCUGAAGCGAGGGCAUUGGACUCUGCUCUCUCUGACCUGCAGACAACACGCAUGCCCAUUACCUAAGUGGUAGGUACUGUACAGUACUCACCAGGUCAUAUCAUAGUACCAAAUUGAACAAAAGACUGAAACAGGGAGGGACUACCUGGACUUGUUCAAGAAGAAACGUUUAUGUUUUGUUUCAGAAUGCAAUCAAUGAGAAUUUGCAGAGUGGAAAACUGAGAUGGCAGAGAAUUCCCAAAACUUGGUAAGUUAUGAUCAAGCUGAAGAAUGCUUUGAAAUUUAAGUGAUAAUCCCUGCGUACACUGUUUAUCAUGCAAUACGACUCUGUGUUUGUCAUACCCAGUUGAAUGGUCGACUUAGCCACUCUAAAGAGACAUUGGUAAGCUAAAAGUUCUCAGAUCGUUGAGUCUCCUGAAGAGAUGAUAUUCAGCAGAUGGAGAAGAUGAGAGGAGAGAACGUUAAGAACUCAAGCUGUGCCAUCCGCAGACGGCAGCGAAUCGCCUGGUGGGGCGGCAGGGUCAUGUUCCAUGGUGUGCUCACAGCGAGGCAGAGAUCCAGCUGA